GACGCGAUAGCACGUAUCGGGGCGGUACCACGGCUCGACUCCAGCGAGCUAUGUGAUCCUCGAAGAACUUGAAUGGUUGUUUUGCUAUUAAAAGUAUUGCUCUACAUGGUUACGAGCAGUGGAAGAGAAAACUACUCUAAACGAGUACAGCAUUCAGUUGAAUAAAGAAGAAUGGAAGCGGUGAACGCGUUCAACGUGGAGUUGUUCUCCAUGAUUGACAUGAAGCCUCCUAUAUCUCGCGCGAAGAUGAUGUCCGUUACAAAGUCAGCCAUCAAAGCCAUCAAGCUCUACAAACAUGUUGUCCAGAUUGUUGAAAAGUUCAUCAAGAGGUGCAAACCAGAGUUGAAAGUCCCUGGCUUGUAUGUGGUUGAUUCCAUCGUUCGCCAGUCACGUCAUCAGUUUGGUGUCGACAAAGAUGUUUUUGGGCCCCGUUUUUUGAAAAACUUCACAGAUACCUUCCAGAAUCUUUACCAGUGCCCAGAGGAUGAUAAGACUAAAAUUGUCAGAGUGUUGAACCUGUGGCAGAAGAAUGGCGUAUUUGACAUGGACAUCCUUCAGCCUCUGAUGGACAUGGCUAAUGGCGUCAUCGAACCUGCACCCUCACUUGAAGUUCCCGCAGAGCCGCCGCAGCCUCCCCCCAUGGUGGCCCCAGUUGUGCCAACUUUAUCACAGAUGCCCACUUCUGACGCCUUAGCUGCUGUGGCUCAGCUUUUCCAGUCCUCACACGGUCAGGAGCUCCAGAAGAUGCUUCAGAACUUGCAGCAGGCAGAGAAGACCUGCAUGCUCAAUAACACCAAUGGGCCGCACCCGUCCCAGAUGGCAGGGGUCCAGCCCCAAAUGCUUAUUGCACACGCAGAAGAAGAUAGAAGCUCCCUGGCUGAGAAACUCCUCGGCAGGUUUGACUACGAUGAUGAACCUGAGGAUGCAGCAACGAAGGACACUAUAGACAGGGGUUUCCCUGGACAGAUGCCCAUCAUGGAGACCGUUGAUCCACAUCAAAUGGGACAGCCUGCACCCAACGAGUUUGGCGGGGGUGGAAAUCAUAUUGAAUAUCAGAUGAUGAUGGAUGGACAGCACUCCAGAAAUAACACACAAAACUCAAGAUCACAGGUGGAUUCAAGGGAGGAACCAUCUACACGUAGAGAAGGAAGAGGCAGGAGAACAAGGUCUGGUUCACGAUCUCCCAGAAGGAGGCGGUCACGUUCAUCAUCACGCUCAAGAAGGUCCAGGCACAGACGCUCCAGAAGUCGCUCCAGAGACCGCCGCUGGCGGUCUCGUUCUCGGGACAGACCCGAUCGGGAGCGUGACAGAGAGCGGAGACAGAAGGGUCUGCCCAGUAUCAAGAGCCAGACGCUUAGUGUUUGCAGCACAACACUGUGGGUUGGGCAGCUGGACAAGAAAACACAACAAUCUGACGUCACCUCCCUUCUGGAGGAGUUUGGCCAGAUUGACUCCAUCAAUAUGAUACCUCCGAGAGGUUGUGCCUACAUCGUGAUGGUCCACAGACAGGACGCCUACACCGCCUUGAACAAGCUCAGUCGUGGUUCAUACAAGGUCAACCAGAAGCCUGUAAAGAUUGCGUGGGCUUUGAACAAAGGUAUAAAACCAGCGCACAAGAAAUUCUGGGACGUGGAGCGUGGGGUCACUUACAUCCCCUGGGGGAAAGUGAAAGCUGAGGAGCUGCAGGGCUACCGAGAAGGCGGGAUGCUGGACCCUGACACACUAAGUGAAGAGUGGAAAAGUGCUGCGGGCCUGAAUAUGCAGACUGCUGUGAACGGCGUGUCGGACAGAGCACCAGCAGAUGGGAUGAUGGAAGCCCAGAUUCAGGUGCCAGCAGUCCAACCGCCGGUCCCCAUCACAAGCCCACUGCUGUUUCCGCCCCCUGUCAUGCUGUCCCCCGUGUCCAUGUCCCCACUUGGGGGCCCUGUUCCCGUUCUGCCAGACUUGAAACCUCCCAGCACAGCAGCAGGAGCUAACCCCCCAGCAGACGCCACCCCCGAUGCUGACAAAACAUCCGACCCCAAGCUGGGCUCACCGAAACACACCGUGAUGAACCUACCGGCCCCCCAGCCGGGGAUGCCGCCUCUGCAUCCUCCUCCUCCACAUAUGGCCCCCUUCCUCCCACCUCCCAACAUGGCCCCCCAAAUGAUGCCUGGAGGACUCGUGUUAUCCCCCAGUAGGUUCAGGAUGCACCUACCCUUCCCUCCUCGUGGCCCCAUGCUCCCCCGGUCCCCAUUCGCGGCACCCCCGGAGGUCGGGAUGGGGGCUCGAGUGGGGCCACCUUUCAGAGGGAGGCCCCCGUUCGGGGGCCCACCCCGCAUCCCCAGGGGCGGCUGGUAGUGGGACUGGGUCCUAAAUGAUAAACACUGGGGGGGGCAUGAUGUUGAUUUACACCAAAACCUUUUUGUUUUUGACUAAGACCCCCCCCCCCCC